AUGUCUACCAGCCACGUGCCUGUUAUAGAGAAAAUAUUGGGCGAAAUAGGUUUGCAAGCUGCUAUUGAACUCUUCAAGGCCGAGAAGAUCGACGAAAAAAUUGCAGUAACACUAAACGAUGGAGAAUUGAUUCGUCUGGGGGUGGCAACAAUCGGCGACAGAGCAAGAUUUCGUCAGCUAUGUCGCCAGCAUGGUUCAGACCCUGUCGCACAAGUUCAAGGCCGUGAAGGUCAAGGAACUUCUUCUGGACUACAAACCCGUGCUUACAGGGAGCGAGCGCUUCUUUUUAACUCAAGAGGUUCGAGAAGAUCUCAGUCUCUGCCUGCAAAUGCUGCCAAGAAGAAAGAAAAGAAGCGGACUUGGACCACUACGUUUGUGUGCUUGGCGGAUAGGCUCGCUGUCAAAGUUCCCUCGUCUUCAGAAAAGCAAAUUUUGCAGAAAGCAGGACAUGGUAUUAAAAGAAUAAAGUUCGAAGCCGACAAUGACGAAAAAGCUGUUCUGGAAACUAUUACUUCAUCCGAAGUAAACAGUGAGACUUGCCAAACAAUGGGAUUUCCAAAACUGAAAGAAUGUGGCGGUUUUGAGCUAAUGAAUUGUAUAGCAAAUUGCAGAAAUCUAAGCACUCUUGAUUGUGCAUGGUCCGCAAAGAGCCUUAAAGCAAAUAUUGGUGGACAAUCGCGUAUAUAUUUGAGACCAAUUCAAAAGGAUCUGUGCACUGAACCUUUGACCGAGGAAACUCCUUGCGAAAUCAAAGAAAAGUGCAACGUUUGUGGCCAAGAUGUGUUGGUUCGGAAUUUGCGCACACACGUUUAUAUGCGUUUCGAAGCGGAAAUUAUUCACAGCGGUUCUGAAAGUGAAGAAGGAUUGCCAAGUUCUUACCAAGUGGAUCCCCUUCCUCGACCAGAAGAGAGUUCAAGCAGUGCCAGUGCCAAUCCAGGGGCAAGUUCAACUGCAGAUUGGAAAUUCAAAACUUUGACGUACAAGAUGUCUCAGAAGAAUCCGUUGAAAGUCUCAUUUCUGAAAUCGUAG